AUGUCGACCCCCAGUCCAGAAGAGUGGGCGCAAAUGGACACACUUGCUAAGGUGGCGGCAUGGGCAGGCCUUGCCGGAUCCAUUGGGGAUCUAAGCACUCCUCUGGGCAGCUUCCUGCGACUGCUGGGUUCCGACGGCAAGGACCACCCGCGUGUGCUGGCGGCUUUGGCAGAGGCUGAUUACGUCAAGCUGGUCAACACAUGGGUACUCAAGAUACCGGCUCCUAAUCCCAGCGAUCCUGCCAUCGAUCAGGCCCCUACGCCAAUGCAGUUGGGGCAAGUUGGGCUCCUUGGGAAGACUUGCAGAACUAUGUGCUCUUCUACAGCCGUUGCUCCUGGGCCUGCCGCUUCAAGCAGCAAACGCAGAAUCAAACUGUCUGCGGUGAUAAAUCAGGACGAUGACUACGAUGUCGACAUCCUGGACGAGUCUACCGUGGCCAAUGCUUACGCCAAGUACACAAAACGGAUCGGGGCCUUUCCCCGUCCGGAAGAGGAGUUGAGCCAGGAACAGCUCACUGGGCUGCACUCUUUGUUCAAGUCAGGCCGGGCACCUUAUGUUGACAUGGCAGUCUGGGGACCAUACCACCAUAGGCUGCAGCGCAAACGCCGGCUUAAAGGAGUCCGAUUGAACCAGUAUGGCGAGAUCCAGACACUGGAGCUGACCGGGCCUUCCGAUUUUGAGGCUUGGAGGGAAUGCUAUGCUGUGUUCAAGGUGGGCGCCAUUAUGUUCGAGGAGAUCACGCCAGCCAGAUUGGACGCCUACGAGAAGCACAUCCGCAACUACCACGAGCGCUAUGGGCGUGGCUGCUGGGCCCUGAUUUAUCAAGCAGAUGUCAGAGCCAGGCUAGAGAAUAGCGAGAGACUUCGGCGAGUCGGCAAGGACGAGCACGACAUGGCGGUGCCCACGACUUUGAUACUGGACUUACGCUUCUGGCAUGCAGAGCUGGAGGAGCCGGCCCUUUUGGUCUUGGCCAAGUCCACCAAGAUGGAGAAGAUCGUGGGUGACGACGCGCCGGUGGAGUCGCUCAAGCAGGCGGCGCCAUUGGACGGUCGAGUGGCUCAGGGCGGUGGCGCCAACAAGCGGAAGCAGCUGGGCCUUCGUGAGCACCGAGUGGGAGACGAUGGCAACCUCACGCACAACAGGCGCGGAGCUUCUUUAUGCAGUGGCUUCCAACAAGGACAGUGUCUCGAGCGAGAUCGUUGGGGCAACUGCGUCAGAGACGGGCACUCUAAACACCAGUGCGCCAAGUGCCUGGCCGAGGACCACGGUGCUGCUGUCUGCCCAUCCUCCGGACCCAAGAUGCCGCGAACCUUUAAGGGCAAGGGCAAGGGCGGCGGAGGAAGGAAAGGCGGCAAGGCUAAGAGCAGCUGA